AUGUCUCCCAAACCUCCCGACGAGAAAGAAUCGCCGGACACUGCGGCGGCAGCGACCACCAAAAACUCCACUCCCGCCACCAAAGAAAGCAAUGCGCCGCCGACAACCCCCAAGGCCGUGCCGGCCCGCCCCCGUGCAGCAACCAUGAAGAAACCACCAGAACCCCCGACUUUGCUCGCCGACUUCCUAAGAGGACGCCCCUCUCCACAGCGCGUCGCCGCCGAGCGUAAAAGAAGAAUGAGUCUCGACGCUGUCAAGGCCGAGCUGAGAGCCGAGAUGCGGCAGGCUGCCGUCGCAAAGGUACAGCAGCCCGGCGGCGUCAGGGAGCGUGUGAACAAGUGGCAAAAGACCAACGCAGCAGCCAUGUCCUCGGCUGAUCCCUUGGCGCCGCCCAGCGAACCUACCGAGCUGGCCUUUCCCGGCGAUACGGAGAGUGUCACGGAAGAGGACCGCGUACGCAUCAAGUUGCGGCAGAAGAGGAUGUCGGCACCAAAGAUGUCCACCCCAAAAAUCCAAGUACACAACGAUGCCCCUGCUGAGGAAAAGGAUGAGACCGUGGAGGACCUCCCCGGCGCAGAGGCCAAGCUGGCGCCCAAGAAGCGAGUUGUUAGUGACGACCAUUGGAUGGCGCAGAAGAGGAAGAAGAGCCCGACGGGAGCAAAGUCGCCGCGGACCAAGGGCGCGAGCCCGAGCCCAACCCCAACCCCUUUGCCAAAAGGGUUCGUGCAAAAGACUCCCAUUCAAGCGCCCAUAUCCAAGAAGAUCCAGGACUGGGCGGCAAAGGUUGAGCUGCCAGAUCCGCCGCCAGUCAAACAACACCGGGCUGCAAAAUCAACAGACUCGCUUGACGGCAGCAGGAUACAGGCAAGGCUCAAGGAGCUUCAAGAGAGACAAGCUACAUUGCCAAAGAAGACGAUGGAUGACGACGGCAUCAGAGUCACGCCGAUACGGACAAAGAAGCUCGAUGAUGACGGAAUCCGUGUCAAGCCGCUCAAGACACCAGUAUCGGAAGGAUCCGGCGUCAAGACGCCGAGACCACAGAGUGCAGGCGCCAAAUCCCGCGAGCGUAGUCGUGGGGCCAGUGCAAGGCAUGAGUCCGCAGAUCACAUUGUGGUGGUUGAAGAAGACGAGUCCGCGAUCGAGGUCACUGAGGAUGCCGAGUCGAGUCUGCCGGCAACACCAACGCGAAAAUCGUCAAAGACACGUAAAGUGAGCCACAAGAAGAAGGCGCCUCCGCCGUCAGACGAAAAGUCCUGGAUCAGUACCUCAGAAUCGGCAGCCAGGGCAGGGAUGGAGAACUCGGAUCUUGCGCCAAGCUCAGUCACCAACGCCCCAGGCGCGAAGCCACUGGCAGACAUUCCUGUGGGAUUUUCUGCAUUUAGCGAGCUAGAGUUGCCCCUCAACAAGACGAGGCAGAAGGCUCAACGCAACCCCAGCUUCAAGGCUGCCGAUGUGCUCAAGAAGGUGGUCACCGGGGGCAAGAAGAUCCUGCAUGACGCCGUUGAGGCCCCGAAGCAGCCCGUUGCCAACCAGCCUCCGAACAUCGAGAAAUGGCUCAACGGGACAGUUGACCCGUUCGUCGAUGAGCCGGCGAAGGAGGAGGAGUCGCCGGCGCCGAAGAGCAAAGCAUCCGAGAGCAAGCCCGCCGACAAGACAAAGGCGCAAGAUAACCGCAAGCGAUCGUCGACUGAGCCCCGUCAACGGAAGCCUUCCCUUCCGACUCAAACUGAGCUUUCGCAAUCGACCGGUCUUACCGAGUCCACUCAGACAACUCAAACAACCGACAUGACUCAGACUACACAAUCUACGGAUUGGACAGAAUCGACUCUCUCCGCAACGGACCUGAGCACGUCGACCGAGAAUGACGAAAAUGUAGCACCCAAGAACGUCGGAGAGAAGGCCAAGGAAAAGUCAAAGACGCCAACCUCUGCAGGCGCGGCUGGCCUUCGCCGGAGAGCAGCUACGAGAAGCUCACCGUCCCCCAUGAAAUCAGUCAAGAAGCCCUUCCGGGAAAUCCUCAAGGAGGCCUUCAGGGGAGAGUCCACCGGUCACCAGACCCCACCUUCCAAGUACAUCAGCGAAGAGGAGCGAAAGCUGGAGCAGGAGUACGAUAGUCCCGAAGAAGAUGACGAGCAUAGACGAACCAUGCGCCGUCGCUCCUCUGGUUCUAGCCGGACCUACUCUGAUCGAACAUUUACUGACGACUGGACGUACUCUGACGAGUCCUCGGUGCGUGAGGACCGGACACCCCGUCGGAAGCCGCCAACGAACGGUGUACACGAGUUGUCCACUAUUCUCGGGUCUGCGGACACUCACAGCACCUACGAUUCGGACAUGACAUCGCAAGUGUCCGAGACUACUAUUACGCAGACCACCGGCCUUACGAGAAGCAAUGUUUCGCGGCGGCGGAGCAAUAAAUCGGGUCUGAAGAGAAGGCUGACUAAACACUCUGAUCUUGUGUCAGUCCUGUCUUUACCAGACGAAAGCCAAGUGCCAGGUAGCCUCAGGAGCAUCAAACCUCGGGCGAGUGUUAGAAAGGCUGCCAGCGUCAGGAGGCCCAACGCUCGUCCAGACACAGUCACAACAAAGGACCUCAUGAGGGAGUUCACGGACGAUGAAAACUUGUAUCAGCGGGAGCUCAAGACGCUGGUUGACGGCGUGGUCCCCGUCCUUCUAUCCACUGUUCUUCACGAGGGCUCAGCCAGUGCCGUAGAUCUUUUUGGUCCCGAGUCUCCUGGCCGCAAGGCAAAUAGCAUGUCGAAAUCCGUGGUCAAUAUGGGAGUUGCACUGGAAAAACUUAAGACCGCCCAUAAGAGGGCAUCUCAUGCGGAUGUCGAACGGCUCAUUUCCUGGCUGCAUACCGCCUCUCCCAUCUACGACAGCUACCUAGACGCCUGGCGCCUUGGAUUUCAAGAUCUCGUCGUCAACCUAGCGCCUGCUGCUGAUCGCCUUGACGACGAGGAUUUCCUCAUCGAUGCACUCCCGCGCAACGCCGAAGGCGACGUCAUUAACGAAGACGGAGAGAGAGUCGACGUUGCGCAUUUACUGAAACGGCCCUUGCUUCGCAUCCGGACUCUUGCAAAGCUCACCAAGGGCCUCCACGCCGCUGUCGGUUCAUACGACACCCUUGCACUUGUCGGCGACUACGACAUGUUGCAAGAAAAGGCCAAGCGCCGCCAUAGAGAAGAGUCUGCGCGGCUAGCUGACGAGGACGCGAUCAACACCGACACAAGUAGAAUCCGUAAUCUCCGGACACUCGCACCUAUGGAAGCCGUCAAGAUCGACCCCAAGCGGCAGGUCAACGCAAAGGACCUUUUCUCGCUCAGUCUCGCGCACUCUAAUGGACAACGCCUCGAGUGCCAGGUUGAACUCAUCCACCGCGACCUUCCCGGCGCGAACAACGACAAGGGUGACCUGCUCAUCCGUGAGACUGGCAGCGGCCGCCGCACAUGGCUUCUCUUCCCUCCCAUGCCCAUGACCGUAAUUUCAGCACGCCGUGGUGACGCAAGAUUCGAGCUCGUUCUUAUGGUGUCGGGCACCCACAACGGGCGGCACUGGUACGAGCUGCUGAGUCUCGUCACAGAUAACGACGAUCAAGUAGAAGACUGGCUUGACAUUGUUGGCACGUCGCCCAUACCACCCAAGGAGCGGCUGCCUGUCGUUACUGAAGAGAGUCUCCCCGAAUCACCGCAGCAUCGGACGGACAUACCUGUAGGCGGGAAGCUGUAUGGCUCAUCUUCAAGAGACAUGUCAUCUCCAGAGCCGUUCGCCCCGAAGCGACCGAUUCCUAGUCGCUACCACAACCGCGGAUCAAGCAUGCCGACGACUCCCAUCCGACGCAGUCUCUCUCCCGACAGAAGUCCAACUCCAGACUCGUACGAGGAGGAGGACAGACACAGGGCUGCGCCGAACACGACUCCUUAUCGCGCGGAUGGUGCCCCACCUCCUCCGAUCCACCGCUCUUUGAGCCCCAAGCCCCCGAAGUUGUCGCCCCCCGUCGAUCUUCAGAGCUCUCGCGUGAAGCGUCGAGGAUCCUCACCUUUGAAGCACGAAUAUCUUCCCUCUGAAGAAUCAUCCGACACGACUCGGUCCGUCACGGAGACCGACCUCUCAGAGAGCGAGACAGAAACGGAAUCCGACUAUACGUCGUCCGAAUCCGAAGAUGACUUUGAUGAUGACAUCCCCGAGACCGAGGUGGGCUUCAGCAUUAGAGAGCCCGAGCACCUGCCGGCGGAAGAGCGAGAGCGCGAGACAGAGGAAUUCCUAGACUCUUUCAAACAAGAGUCGAUGAUCUCGCAGUCAUUUGUACAAGAAUCAAUGAUUUCCGAGUCAGUGUGCAGCCUGACGCCGUCCAACUCGGCGUCGCAAGCCGGCCUUCAUGGCCGUAAAAUGAGUGCCUCGGAGAGCUACACCAAAUACAUUGCUUCCAUCUCGUACUGGAACGAGAAGAAGGGCCAGUGGAAGGACAUUUCCCUCGAGCCCUGCUCCAUCCAGGUGACGGCCGGUGUCAUCGAGGCCUAUUCUUUGGUCAUGAGCCCUGGAGGAGAACCCGACGUCCCGCUUGUUUCCCUCGAGCUCACGCCACUCAUCCUUCUCCGCCAGUCUACCGUUGUUGACCUUGAAAUACGCUCAGCCGUCAAGGACAACUGCAAGAACAAGGACAUUGGUGGAGGCAACUUCCGCUUCCGUUGCCCGUCGGCUACUGAAUGCUACGACCUGUACAUGGCCGUUCAUCAUGCACGCCUCAACAAUCAAAAGUUCAUCCAGCUCGAGAAUGAGGCGCGGUAUCAGUCGUUUGGCCAGAGACCUGCAGAAGAUACCGAGGACAAUAGCAGCCGUCACCGCAGCUGGUUCGGACGCAAGAACAGCUACCGCGCGUCGACCCGCGCCCCGUCUCAGUCACAAGAUGGAAGUACCCCCUCGUCGAGUCUGUCUGCUACGAGCUUCCUCAAGAGACUCACCCAAGGUAACGCUUUCAACAUCGCUCGGUCUUCCAUCGAUAAGCAUGGUCACUUCUCCAACAGCAACAGCCUCUAUGGAUCCGGCUCAUCUUCCGAUGGCUACCCCCGCUCCCCGUCGAUUAGCAUUUACUCCAACUCUAUCCGCAGUCCUCUAUCGUCCGACAAUAUCAAGAUUCGCCUGCACCUGCUUGUCAGCUCGAACAAGUGGGAGGACUACGGUAACUGUCUCAUACAGAUCCGCCGCCCGCCACCGGGCUGGCACCAAGACCUUCGCGCGAACCACGGCCUCGAAAAGCGCGUCACGGUUACAACGAUGCCCAAGAAAUCAGACAAGGCACGCAUUAUCCUCGAUGCUGUGCUGGGCAGCGGCUGCUUCACUCCUAUGGGCAGUAGAGGCAUCAUCUGCGGUAUCUGGGAGGAGAUCCGCGAUGAGAGGGGCGAAAUCGGCGUGGCGCCCAAGACGGGCGGUGCCGCCGGCUCGGUCAAAAAGUGGUGCUUCCAGUGCUCCAGCGCCUCGGAGGCAUCGUGGGUGUUGAGGCUCGUCCACCAAGAGGUUGGCGUGGAACUCCGAGACUGA